AUGGGGUGGAAUCACCAACGGACACCGAGCCGUCCGUCGUCUCGUCGAGUUGACGCUCAUCCAUUAUCCCAAGGGACACAGCAGCUGCGCGACAGCACUCAUUGCAUCGCUGCGACUUUGACGGACGAGAUAAGCAAUAGUCAGGGGGUUGUCACAAAGUUAUCCAGCUGGUUGUGGACAGGAGUUGAGAGGUUCAGGCGUGGAAGGACUUUGGUGAUUAUAAUAUGGUAUGGCCAUGGCGUUCAACGAGUGGGGAUGACCUCCGCGUGGCUUGAUGCUUUUCCUUCCACCGCGAAGCCGUUUCUCGAAGAGAUGGAUAGCACUCUUAACGUUCGCCUCUCGACGAUUAUCUCGCACGGGCCAAACUCGAACCUAAACAAGACCGAGAAUUCUCAACCGGCAAUCAUGGCGACGUCGAUAUUGAUCCUUCGUGUUCUGCAGGAACAUUUUGGCUUCGAUACCAGAGCGCGGAUCGAUGUUACAUUAGGUCAUAGCCUGGGGGAGUACGCCGCUUUGGUAGCUGGGGGCUAUUUGGGAUUUGGACCAGCCCUCAAGAUGGUUCGACGCAGGGCAGAGAUAAUGGCUCAAUGCACUGCUGAUGCAGGAAAACUGAGCGGUGAAACUUAUGGAAUGGUAGCACUCGUCUGUGAGCCCGAUCGCUUGGCAGACUUAAUUACGACCAUCCAAGAAUUCUUGGAUCAUAGUUCGCAGCGGUCAACCGACGAUAUCAGCGACGAGCUAUCACCAAUACAACAGGUUUCAAUUGCAAAUAUCAACUCGAAAAAUCAAAUUGUUCUCAGCGGUAGCAUUGAGCGGAUAAAAUACCUGUUGAUACAGCUUCCCCGGUGA